AUGCCGGCCGCCAAUCCCGCCAUGGACGCGCCGCCUGCGGUGGUUCAAAUUCUGUACACACCUGAAUCCUCGAAGCACAAUCAGUUACUCCAAGGAAAUGUGGCUGUUGAAAAUGUUACAGGACACUGGCAGUACUGGACAGACUGUUUCCCCUCUGUGGGUCACACGGUCUGUUUCUUGCACACACACACAACGUGGGAAGGAAGGCCCUGCUCCCAGCAGACUUGCCCUUCGCUGUGCGUGGGGACUGAAGUUUCUUUUCUGCAAGUAACUGGAGGCCAACCUUUGCAGGGAGAAAAUGGCUUGAAAAACCACACGAUCCGCGUGGGAACAAGGAAGAGCCAGCUGGCUCGGAUCCAGACGGACAGCGUGGUGCAGAUGCUGCAGGAGCGCCACCCCCACCUCUGCUUUGAGAUUGUUGCCAUGUCGACCACUGGAGACAGGAUCCUGGACACAGCCCUCUCCAAGAUUGGAGAGAAAAGCCUCUUUACGAAGGAGCUGGAAAACGCGCUGGAGAGGAACGAGGUUGACUUGGUGGUCCACUCGCUGAAGGACCUGCCCACCACCCUGCCCCCGGGAUUCACCAUUGGCGCUGUCUGCAAGAGGGAAAACCCCCAUGAUGCCGUUGUCUUUCACCCCAAGCACUCUGGGAAGACUCUCGACAGCCUCCCGGACAAGAGUGUGGUCGGCACCAGCUCCCUCCGUCGAGCGGCUCAGCUGAAGAGGAAGUUUCCUCAGCUGGAGUUCAGGGAUAUUAGAGGGAACUUGAACACGCGCUUGAGGAAGCUAGACGAGAAGGAAGACUUCAGUGCCAUUAUCCUGGCGGCUGCUGGCUUGAGGCGGAUGGGCUGGGACAGCCGUAUUGGCCAGGUUCUGAGCCCCACAGACUGCUUGUAUGCUGUUGGGCAGGGUGCCUUGGCAGUGGAGGUGAGAGCCAAAGACCAGGAGAUCCUGGAGCUGGUGGCUGCCUUGCAUGACAGGGAGACUGGCCUGCGAUGCGUUGCUGAGAGGGCCUUCAUGAAGCGCCUGGAGGGUGGCUGCAGCGUCCCAGUGGCAGUGAGCACCAUGGUGAAGGAUUCCGAGCUGUACCUGACUGGAGCAGUCUACAGCCUGGAUGGAAAAGAGAGCCUCCAGGAGACCAUGCAAACCAGUGUGGAUUUCCCCCAGGAGGAGGCAGAGGGGCCCAACGAUGACACGCAGCACGUUGGCAUCCGUGCGCAGACUGUCCCUCACCAGGCUCAGCGGGCAGCCGAGAAGCUGGGCGUGGGGUUGGCAGAGCUGCUGCUCAGCCAAGGGGCUGGGCAAAUCCUCACCGUGGCCAGGCAGCUCAACGAGGAGGCCCAGCUGCCCUGCCCGCCUCGUGUGGCAUCCUGAGCCCCCCAGGACUGGAGGCGGGGGCGGGGAGGGGGGGAGCUCCCGCCCAUUCUGCUGCAGGGAAGGCCUCUCCGUGAAGACGAAAGUGAUUAAAGAGCUGGCG